GGCACCACAAAAUUACUAGGAGCUAAUUUGAAUAGUUUGGAUUUCGGAGUGGAGGCAGGCUUAACCCGCGGUAGAACUGCAUCAACGUUUGGAGAGUCAAGCACAGUAUUUGUAUCUGUUAUCCAUCCAUCCCAUCUGUCAGUGUGCUCCAUAGUGGUUGAACACCAUGGCUCUGAACAUCCCCGGUGUGGUCGCAAUGGUGCUGUUCUACCUCCUGAUUCUGGGGACAGGACUAUGGGCCGCCCGAAAGUCCAGGAAGGCUGAGAGAAAGAGUCAUGGAGACAGGACUGAAGUGGUGCUCCUUGGAGACAGGAAUAUAGGCUUGCUGGUUGGGAUUUUCACCAUGACUGCUACGUGGGUCGGCGGUGGCUUCAUCCUGGGUCUGGCUGAGGCAGUUUACACUCCUAAACUGGGCCUGAUAUGGGCGCUGAUGCCCAUACAAUACUCAUUAUCCUUCAUAAUAGGUGGUCUUUUCUUUGCCAAGCCAAUGAGGGACAAGAAGUAUAUCACCAUGAUGGACCCGUUCCAGAUUAAGUAUGGCAAAGUACUGAGUGGUGCUCUAGUGCUGCCCGCUCUGCUGGGGGAUGUGCUGUGGGUGUCCUGCACUCUGCUUGGCUUAGGAGUGACUGUGACUGUGAUACUGGACAUGCCCUAUGUCUAUUCAGUCUGGAUCUCAGCAGUUAUAGCCAUUAUCUACACUUUAUUAGGAGGCCUAUAUUCAGUGGCCUACACUGACGUCAUCCAGCUCGCUCUAGCUUUCCUCAGUUUGUGGUUGUGUGUCCCCUUCCUGCUCCUCAACCCCAUAUCUACAAACAUCGCCCAGACUGCUUUCAACCACACGUUCCAAGUACCGUGGAUCGGCACUCUGGAGAUGGACGAAAUGUGGAACUGGAUUGACGACUUCUUAAUGCUUGGUCUUGGUAGUAUAGCAUUUCAGAGCUUCCACCAGAGGACGCUGUCUGCCUCCUCACCACAAACAGCCCAGUUAACCUGCUAUGCUGCUGCAAUUGUCAUUGUCAUACUGGGAAUCCCGCCUAUCUUGGUUGGAGCUGUCGCUGCCUCCACAGACUGGAACCAGACUCUGUACGGUUCUCCAUCUCCUUACGAGCGCGGGGAGAAUACCUUUAUCCUGCCCCUGGCCUUACAAAACCUCACUCCAUCUUACAUCUCGAUCAUUGGAAUCGGAGCUGUGGCCGCCGCUGUCAUGUCAUCUACAGACUCGGCCCUGUUGUCUGCAACGUCUGUUUUCUCUUCAAACAUCUACAAGAACAUCCUGCAUCAACAGGCUUCAGACUAUGAAAUGCAAUGGGUGAUCCGCAUCACGGUGGUGGUCGUGGGUCUGCUUGGGACAACUAUAACCUUCUUUACCAACAGCACCUUGAUCCUGUGGCUUCUCGGAGCAGACGUCAACUACAGCCUGAUAUUUCCCCAUUUAGUCUCUGUGCUCUUCUUUGAAGUGACUAAUGGUUACGGUGCGCUGGCAGGUUACAUCAUAGGGCUGCCUUUGAGGAUUUUGUUGGGAGAGAACACUAUAGGUCUUCCUGUUGUUCUGCAUCUUCCUGGUUGCACAUUCAAAGAUGGUGUCUUUGUCCAAAAAUCUCCCGUCCGGACAGUCACCAUGGUCUGCACUUUGGUAGCCAUCCUAGUUUUUUCUUCACUGGCUGUGUUCAUGUUCAACCACAACCUGUUGCCUGAGGGGUGGGAUGUUUUUAAAGUGAAACGUAAUGUAUCUGUUGCACCAGCAGAUGCCGUCACACAGAAUCCUGAAAGUGACGCUGAGCUUGACGAGAACGAGCAAGGAGUUGCCUUACAGCCAAUGUUGCAGACUGAAUCGUAACCCUUUCUUUCCUCUUGUGAGGUUGUCUGCCCUUUUGUGAGGUUGUCUGCCUGAAUGUGUAUUAAGAUGUUCAUUAAUUAAAUAUGAAUAUAUAGAAUAUAUUCUAUAUAAGAUAAUAUAAGAAAUCACAAGUAGAAUUUGCCUUUAUUUUAAGCUCUUUCCCAAUCUUUCUCAAAAUCAUUCAAAAUAAAAAACAGAUAUCACACUUUCAAGAGUUAUCAGGUGACAAAAUGAAUGUAUAGUAUAGUAUUCUUACACAUUAUUCAUUAGAUUAAAAACCCCUUGUGGCAUCUACCCAUGCAGAUAGUAAGCUGGAUUUUGAGAUAUCAGACUGUGAGAUAUCUGUUGCAACCCAAAUACAGCGGAGAUGUUAUAUUUCUUUUCUGCUUUUUAAAGCACUGAGCAUUUAUUUAAAAGCUCACUCACUGAGUCAUUCGCUUUGAUCAGUUUUAUUGUAACCAAGAAAUGAACAUUGCUUGAUUAUCAAAUGUAAAUUUUAGCUGCACAACCAGUGUCAUACACCUCCUUGUUGUUUUUUUUUGUUUGUGUGUUAUGUUUUUUUUUUGGUUGUUUUCUGUGAUUUGGGUUAACUUUUGGAUUUAGAAUCAAAAUCUGAACUUCUCACAUGACUUUGCUCUCACCUUAAUGGCUUGACUGACACAUGGAUGCCAUUUAUUUGAAAGGUGAUUAAAUGUUAUUCUACAAAUAAAUUCUGUCCUUUUGCUUGUCUAGAAAAGUGGUCAUUGGGCCUCGGAAAGGUUUAAAUUGAGUGUUACAGCCCCAGUGCUGUGGGUGCGUUUUGUGUUGUGUUCUGUUUCUUCUAUUCAGGUGCUGCCCUGGUACUGCCCCCUCCUCCUUACCAGUGUGUGAAGUGCCACACCUGAGUCUACUUGUCACUUAGGCCGAGUGUUAUAAGGUGCUGCUGAUGCCAGUGGGCUGCAGCGGAUGUGAUAUGUAGGAGCCAGAGAGCCUGAGCUAUGGCCUGCAGUUUUCUUAAGACAACAGCCAUCUUGGUUGAUCAGUGUUUUGUGUUUUUUGUUGGUGUAAAUAAAGCAGUUUUUUAAUUAA